GAGAGAGAGAGAGAGAGAGAGAGAGAGAGACAGAGAGAGAGAGACAGAGAGAACCACCAAGUUUACUUCUUUGAAUCUUUUUGUCUUAUUGAACAGGCAGCUUGAUGCUUUUUAUAUAUUGUCGUGGAUACAUUCACGAAUCUGAUCUAUAGAGUAGAAAGCUGUAGAAACACAGUACAAAAAACAGAGGUCGCUUUAAGAAAAUGAACAGCAUGGGUGUUCGGGCCGUGCUCGCUGUCCUCCUCCUGUGCAUAGCUACCGUGAAGGCUGAGAAUGGAGAAGUAACAUUCUGGAGGGAAAAUUUCACAAUGACCUGUCCAGACAGUGGGACCUGGUUCGACAAAGACAAUAAUGAAUUACCAUAUUUUUCACCAAUGCCGAGAAAGUCAGUUACAUUCAAAUAUGACAAUAGCAAGAAAGGCCCUUACCACUGUAAAUAUGGCGAUGAUGCCUCCCAAAAAAAAUAUUAUUUCUACGUGCAAGGAAAGGUGUGUGAGAACUGUUUUGAGCUGGAAGCAUCUUUGUGUGUGAUGGCCAUCGUUGCGGACGUGGUCGGGACAGCAUUUGUGAUGAUGAUUAUCUACAGGUGCACCAAGAAGAAAAGCCCAGCUGGACUUACUCCCGCUUCCAAACCACCUGCUCGCUCAGGAGGCCGGGCUCCAGCUGUCCCAUCUCCUGACUAUGAUGUAGCAACUGAACCCUCGCACCCUCUCCCAGGAUACUUACUCUAGCGUGAACAGGAUGGGAUAGAGACAAGUCACCUGACUGCGCCAGGUCACUGGUGUAAAGGCUGUACGGAUGAAGGCAAACAUUCACAAAAGACAUACAUAAACAUCAAUCUUCCUCCCAGUAUGCACACACUGGCUUUUACUCUUUUCAAUUUAAAGGGUUGUUUAACCGAAACGGCAAAAAUACACAAAUUGUUCUCACUUACCCCUGGUGUUACCUAGCCAGGUGCGGUAGCUUAGGUUUCAUUUGUCCAGGUAUCGUGCCGCCACCGCGGCACAGCAGAGGUGAAAGGCAUUAAGUUUGCAGUGCUAACAGUAUUUUAAAAUUACACUGAAAAACUACUUUCUUCCGAAGAAAUAGUCCCCAUGAAAACUGUUGACAAUGUGUUUAGUGGAUUAUUCAGAGUAACGGGGACAUUGUUUCUGUAUGUUGCUGUAGAUCAGUAUUUACCAGGGGGUCUGUGGAAAGGUUGUAUAGCUCAGCUAAUUUGAAAAAAUUGAAAUUAUGAUUUGAUAAUAUAAUCUAUAUCAAAUGCAAACUUGACUGAAUACUAAACAAAAGAAAAAGCAUCGACAAUUCCAGGAUCGCUAUGUCUGCUGUGUUUUCUUUGCAAUGAAAUACUAUUGAAAAAUUGCAUAAAGCCAUCACAUGUAUCCCUAUCAAAGGGAAGGGGUACUUGAGCCCAUCUAAUAGGGCUGUGCGGGGUACGUCAGAUAAAAAAGGUUGCAAACUACUGCUGUAGACUUUAAAUGUAAUCUUUCAAUGCUGUGAGCACCACAAACUAUUGUCCAUUAAUUCAAACCAAAACUAUCUGCAUGACUACAUACCAUUAGAGUUAAGUGAGAAAAUAUGUUUGUUUGUUUAAUAUGCAUGAGUGUCCAGUUCAUUAGGUACACCUGUACAGUCUAACGCAAUCCAAUGAUCCACCAUAAAGUCUACUUUUAUGAUGCCGAUAAGGUUCAGUUUUUAUGACACUGGCAUUGAGGUCAUAUUUAGUGGUGGGGCUGUUUUGGACGGCAUUAUAUUGAGAGGUGUUUUUUAAUAUUCUGAUCCCCUCGUGUAUGUAACAUUGUAACAAAAACUGUAACAAAUAAUUGCAAACACCUCUCAAUAUAAUGUAGUCCAGUACAACACCACCUUUAACUAUGACCUCAGCAAUAAUAUAAUAUAAUAUAUAGGAUAUAAUUAAAUUUGCACAUUUUUAACAAUGUCACCAAAAACGUAACAUUAUAAGCUUUGUAAAGAUACAAUUUAUGGCAGAACAGUUGUAUUGGCUUGCAUUAGAUUGUAUAGAUGUACCUAUUAAAGUCGCCUCUGAGUGUAUACAGUAUAUGUACUGUGUAUGUAUUGUACUAUGAGUGUACUGACCCUAUAAUAUAAAAAGUUGAGCACUGUCUCAUUUACAACAAUGUCAUAAAUAUAAAUCAUAACUUGUAUUGUCAUUUCAAAUAGAGAGAUACUGGCAUACCUGUAUUCUGUAUAUACCUUAUGUUUAUGUCAUCAGUCAUAAGUCAUUCUGACUUCUAAUAUUGUUAAAAGAGCAGCUAAUUUUUGUCAGACAUGUAAAAUGUUAGGCUUAUGCACAAAUUGCUUACUGUGUUUUCUUAUUUGCUUUUUCAUUCUAAUCUGCUGUGUUAAUCUUCUUGUUACUGUAAUGAGCGCAACAUGUGUCACUAAUAAAUAAACCACAGUCAACACUG